CCGUGAGUCCUGAGGAAGUGAGAAACGUAAAUAAUUAUGCUUUGAUUAUUGUUAUGAUGUGCUGUAGGCAUAUUAUAUCUACCCAUUACACCUAUAUAUAUGUUGGUCAAUCGGUUAGCCGCUUAGACCAUGAUAGCCCAUAGGAGAUGCGACGUCAUGCCGGGCAUGGCCUUGUCAAGUAGUAACUUGUUACAAUAUAAUAGUAGUUGUUGUAGGUACACCGGGCGGUGAGCCUGUGAGAAAACCUUUGUAUAUUGAUAGUGAAUUUGAAUUAUUUUAAAAAUAUUAUUAUUUGUUUACUAAUAUUUACAUUUUACAAUAAUUGUAUAUCAAAUUUUUUUUCUACUAGUAUUUAAAAAUAAGUUAUUGUUUGUCAGGAACCUCUUAUACUAUGUAUCGAAUUGGAUUUUUUUCACACAUUUUUAUUUUCAUUCUUUUAACAAUUUUGGCUUUUGCUAAUCGAAUCAAUGCUGGUUCGCCCCCAGUCGUGUUAUGGCAUGGAAUGGGUGACAGUUGUUGUAACCCAUUAAGUCUUGGAAGAAUUAUUAAGGUAUUACAGAAGAACUUGGGAACUGAUUCUUAUGUGAAGUCUUUACAAAUUGGAAAAUCUUUUGAACAGGAUGUGAAGAACAGUUUUUUCAUGAAUGUUAACCUUCAAGUUAAAGAUGCUUGCAAACAAAUAUCUAUUGAUCCAAAGUUGUCUAGUGGUUAUAAUGCUAUUGGAUUUUCACAAGGAGCUCAAUUCUUGAGAGCAGUUGCACAAAGAUGCCCUAAUCCUCCAAUGUUAAAUCUUAUAUCUAUAGGCGGCCAACAUCAAGGAGUUUUUGGUAUGCCAAGAUGUCUUUAUUCUAGUCACAAAUGGUGUGAAUAUAUAAGAUUAGUUUUGAAUAAAGAAGCUUAUGCAAAAUGGGUACAAAAUUCAUUAGUUCAAGCAGAAUAUUGGCAUGAUCCAAUUAAAGAAUCAGAAUAUAUAAAAGGUAGCCAAUUUUUAGCAGACAUCAACAAUGAGCGCGUUAUUAAUACAAAUUAUCGUCAAAAUUUGCUUAAAUUAAAAAACUUCAUCAUGGUUAUGUUUACUAAUGAUACAAUGGUUAUUCCAAAAGAAAGUGAAUGGUUUGCAUUUUACUCACCAGGUCAAGAUAAAGAAAUUAUGCCACUUGAACAGUCUGUAUUUUACCUUACAGAUCGACUUGGAUUGAAAGUAUUAGAAGAAAGUGGACGGUUACAUUUUUUGUCAGUUCCUGGUAAUCAUCUUCAAUUUUCUGAAGAAUGGUUUUUGAAUGAAAUCGUCAACAAAUAUCUCAAGGAAUAACAUACUAAUAUUAUAAUAAUUGGUGUAAAUACUUCAUAAAUUAUAAAAAAAUCAUAAUUUUGUAUGGUUUUGAUUACAUUUUGUUAUUGAUAGCAUACCACUAUUUAAUAAAGUGGGUAUUUUAUUUAUGUGAACAUAAUUUUUUUAAUUGUAGAUGUUAUUUGAAUUGAGUGUAACAUUUUGUAAUUACAAAAUAAAAAAUAUAAUUUUAAAUUCUGA